AUGGCGUCCUUCCUCAGCCAGGCGUCUUCCUACUUUGGUCGCACCAACAUCGCCGUCAACUACACCAUCGAAGAUUCGCAGCGACCAGCACACUGCGGCCUGUGGAAGAUCUACAAAGCAACUCGCAACGCUUCGGCCUCUGCUCCCUCCAAUGGCGCCGCUUCUGGACCAUCCGGCUCGGCAUCCGCAUCCAAGAACGUCGUCUCGGUAUGGACGCACUCCUUCUCCACACGAGGCCAGGUGCGACAACGCAUCACCGACCAGCUCAAGAAGGAAGCUUCAUCACUCACCCGCCUCCGCCAUCCAUGCAUCCUCGAAGUUGUCGAGCCGCUGGAGGAAUCGCGCAACGAAGUGACGUUCGCUACAGAGCAGGUGUUCGCCUCGCUCUCAGAAGCACUCGUGUCGGAUCACAGGCAAGAUGUGCAGCUCGACGAGGUGGAGAUCCAGAAAGGUCUACUGCAGGUCGCGAGAGGGUUGGAGUUCUUACAUAUGGCUAAGAUGGUACAUCAGAACCUGACACCAGAGUCGAUCCUGAUCAACGCCAAGGGGGAUUGGAAGAUGGCCGGAUUCUCGUUCUUGACGCCGCUCGAGCAACCAGGAGGAGGCGGACCGACACCAUGGACGUUUCCCGACUACGACCCGAGCCUGCCACCCGCAAUGAGUCGCAGCUUCGAUUACAUGGCACCCGAGUAUGCUCUCGACGAGAAGCUCGGUCCUGAAAACGACAUGUACAGCCUCGGGUGCAUCGUCUACGCCGUGCACAAUAAGGGCAGUCCUCCCUUCCGCAAUCGCAACUCCCUACCCAACCUCCGCAGCAACGCCGACCAGCUCAGCACCACCAUUGGCAGCCAGAGCUGGUCGCGCCUGGGCAAAGAUGUUCUUGACUUGCUCUCCAACCUUCUCACCCGAUACCCCGGCGCACGCCUGUCAGCCGCCUCCUUCCAGCAGGCGGGCUACUUCAACUCGAUCCUCGUCUCGACACUCAAGUUCAUGGAGCGGGACAGCUUUGCGGGCCGAACCAAGGAGGAACGCGUCUCGUACCUCAAAGGCCUGCUCAAGAUCUUGCCGCAGUUCUCGGACCGUCUCUUGCGCCGCAAAGUGCUCCCCGCCGUGUUGGAGCUCAUGACAGAUCGCUCGCUUUUGCCGUUCAUCCUGCCGAAUGUGUUUCACAUUUCGAAAAACCUCUCCCAACUCGAAUUCACCACUUCGGUGCUGCCCAAGCUCAAGCCGCUGUUCGCCAUCCAGGAUCCGCCACAGUGCAUGCUGCUGUUGUUGGAUCAGAUCGACUCGCUGUUCGUGCCCAAGACGGCGCCGACCACGUUUAGGGAGGAGGUGACGCCGCUGCUGUACGCGGCGCUCGAGGCGGAAAGCGUGCUUGUCCAAGAGAAAGCGCUGCGAACCGUCCCGCGUCUAGCCGAGAUCCUCGAAUACGCGCAUGUCAAAGAGGUGCUGUUUCCCAAACUCGCCUCGCUGUUCGCAAAGACCAAGGUGCUCAGCGUCAAAGUGAGCUGUCUCAUCUGCUUCCACGCCAUGGUGGCCAUCCUGGACAAGUACACGUUGACGGACAAGCUGGUUCCUAUUCUCGCGCGGAUCAAGACCAAGGAGCCGAGUGUCAUGGUGGCCACGCUGGCGGUGCACGAGGCCAUGUCGGGCAAGGUGGGGAGGGAGACGCUGGCCACGGCCAUCAUCCCGCAGCUGUGGGUGAUGAGCAUGGGCCCGAUGCUGAACGCGGAUCAGUUUGGGAGGUUUAUGAAGGCGGUCAAGGAGAUGGGCGAGAGGGUGGAGAAGGAGCACACGGCGCAUUUGAGGGAUGUGAAGCGGAUGCAGGAGCAUACGGAGUCGUAUACUGGAGAGGGGGCUCGCGGGGCAGGUGGAGCGGGAGGAGCGAGCGGGAUCGGCGCCGGUGGGGAGAUCGACUUUGCGACGCUGGUCGGGCAGGCCAAGACGAGCGGCGGUGGCGAGAAGAGUGUGGUGGACGAUCCAUUCGGGUUGUCGGACGACUUUGCGGGUAUGGGCACGAGUGGUGGAGUGGGAGCAGGCUUUGGUGUUGCAAGCGACAUCUCGCCGGCCGUGUCGAACGUGCAUACGCCAGUGGGCGGCCUGACACCGACGCACACGGGUAGACCAACAUCGACAUUGACAGCGUCCAAGCUCAAUGGGUCUUCCUCACGCACCAGCAGCUACACAGCGCCAGUAGCGGCAACACCGACACUAGCCCCACCUCCAUCCUACACCACACGCCCGACGACGCUCACCGCCGCACCCUCAUCGAGCUUCACAUCCGCCCCCACCGCCGCAACACCAAGCUGGUCGAACGUCCUCCAGCCGUCCUCUUCCAUCUCGCCCAUCCCUUCGUUCCAGUCCGCCGCUCCCACAGGCGGGCCGAAUUACAACAUCUCCCUCCCACCCGCUACGGGUUCGAGCUUCACCACCACCCCACCGAGCAACAUGUUUGGCGCUCCGCCGGCGAUCGAGUCUGCUCCGGCACUCGCGCUGGCGCCAAAGCCGGCACCGUUGCCAACCCUCACAGCCGCAGCACCAGCGUCGUGGGGCGGAAGCGUGCUGCAGCCCAACAAGCCGGUACCCAACACCAACAAGGCCAAGAGUGCCGACGCUUGGAAGGAUUUCGAUCCUUUUGCUUGA